AUGGCGGUCCGCGCUCAAUUCGAAAACUCGAACGACGUUGGCGUGUUCUCGACGCUGACGAAUUCCUACGCGCUGGUAGCGGUUGGCGCGAGCGAGAACUUCUACAGUGUCUUUGAAGCCGAACUCCAGGACGUGAUCCCCAUCUGCCAUGUCACAAUCGCCGGCACGAGGAUUAUCGGCCGCAUGACAGCUGGGAACAGAAAGGGUCUGCUCGUCCCUACCAGCACGACCGACCAGGAGCUGCAGCAUCUGAGGAAUAGUCUGCCGGAUGCGGUGAAGAUACAGAGAAUAGAAGAGCGUCUCUCGGCCCUCGGAAACGUCAUCGUCUGCAAUGACCAUGUUGCCCUCGUACACCCCGAUCUCGAGCGCGAGACGGAAGAGAUAAUCGCAGACGUGCUCGGCGUCGAUGUCUUCCGCCAGACCGUCGCCGACAACGUGCUUGUUGGCUCGUACAUGGCCCUGUCUAACCAAGGCGGCAUCGUGCACCCCAAGACCUCCAUCCUCGACCAAGACGAACUCUCCUCGCUCCUCCAAGUCCCGCUCGUCGCCGGAUCCGUGAACCGGGGCAGCAGUGUGGUAGGUGCCGGCAUGGUGGUGAACGACUGGCUGGCGAUUACGGGAUUGGAUACGACGGCGACGGAGCUGAGCGUGGUCGAGAGUGUUUUUAGGUUAGGGGAGGGACAGGGACCGGGAAAUAUCAAUACGGGGCUGAAAGAUACGAUGGUGGAAUCAUUCUACUGA